AUGGCGACCUACAUUUUAUGUUUGACAACAGGAGGAGGAGUUCCCCUGUUUACCCGAAUGUCUACCAGUUUAAAGCCUUUACCAUUUCCAGUGAUUGGUUCGCUGAACGGAGUUCACAUGUUUGGUAUAAACCAGGAUGUAGAGUUGUUAGCUUCCACAACUGAUGAUGCUAAAGUUAUUUGGAAAGUUUUUCACGAAAGUGUAACAAUGAUAGCGGUAUCCCAGGAUGAUAUGGCUGAUGACUGUCACCUGACUAACCUACUCAACUAUGCCUUCCAGAUCGUUGUUUUACUCUGUGGAUUAGACGAAGUAACCAACAUCAAAAAUAUUGAAAGAUUUAAAAAAGAAUUGAAGGUGUGUAACCAGCUAAUUGACAAAUUAGUAGAACCACCGGUCAGUUUCAGUACACUAACAAAUACUGUAGAAACAAUAGCAUCACCAGAAAGCACAAUUCUGCAGAAUUUCUUAGAUGCCUUUACAGAAGCUGCUGAAAGCUCGUUUGGAUGUCUGUAUGUGGAUGACCGGAUUGUUGUGGCGACUAGGAAAUGGUGGUCUUUAUCAUCCAAUGAACUAGUUCUUUUGACCUUACUGAUAUCCUCUCUACAGAGAUGUUCCUCAAGAGACAUACCAAUAUUUCUACCAGACAGUCAUCCUACUAUACCUCAUAGACUGAUGACGUUCAGAAUGACUAGAAAGACAGAAGUUUGUGUGAUAUGUGGACAGACACCAAGCCUAGCAGAUUUAGAGAAUGAGGUAGGAAGAUUUUGGAGGCCAGCUUAUGAUUCACUAUUAUCAGCUACCUCAAUCGUUCCCAGAAACAUCCCUUCAAGCAUGGUCUUAGAUCCAAAUAUACAAUGUUUUCUUCUUGUAAACACGGAAACCAGCAGAUGUCUUGGAAGUGUGAACUCAUCUCCAGAAAGUAGUGGACCUUUAGGUGAUUUUUUAACAGUUCCACAGAGGAGAGAAGUGUUGUCAUCGUUUUAUAAGAAGAUGGUUGGAACAUUCUUUACUUCAGUCAUAGAAGGAAGUGACACAGGGCCAUUGGAGUUUACCCAUCAGCCUAUGGAAACGUACAUAACAACUGACUCACACAAGUGUUACGCCUUGCAGUCAGGUCCUUAUCAGAUAUAUGUUGUAUAUACAGAUAGCAUUCCUACCUAUGCUAUGAGAUCAGUGUCACAUAAAACACUGUCUUUGUUGACAAAAGACAAGAACAUUCAAGUGUGAUAAAAUGGAGAAGAAAUUCAAUGAAGAAGUGACAGCAAAUUCAAUAUCAAAGAUAAAGCAAAGAAAAGAAAUGUAACAGCAAAGAACAGAU